AUGACCACCUCCAAUCAAGCAACAUCGGCUCGUCAGAGCAGCGAUAGCAUCAACACUUCAAGAGCUGACACGCCUGUGCAGAACGCCGUUUCUCGCAGAAGCGAUUCACCGUCACCAGAACGGAAAGCCGAUUCAUCACGGCCAGUUGGCAGAUCCUUCCUCUUCCCUUCAGGCGAACGUGCCAAGUCAUGGCAGGACAGUUACCUCUUUGAACUGCUCGGCGAGCGAGGUGCCCAGAUGUACGAGACCACCGAAAAGGGCCAGAACGUUCAGGUCAGCGAUAUCGAAGAGGUCACCAAGGCACAGGAGGAGGAGCGCCGAGCUCAUGAUAAUGCUGCGAUCCCCAAGACGCUCGGCUGGAAAGGUGCCUUCUUCAAUCAAGUGGCUUACGCUAUCGCCUUGGGUAUCCUCAGUAUUCCCAAGGUGGCCGUUUCGCUUGGUGUUGUGCCGUUCGUGCUGCUCACCUUGAUGUUUGCCUACAUCUGCUAUUACACCGGCUAUCAAUACUGGAAGCUCAAGAUGCGUUUUCCGGGCGUACAUAACCUCCAGGACGCUGGCUUUCUCAUGUUCGGUCCUUGGGGUGCACGAUUCCUCGGCUUCUCCCAGCUGGUCUUCUCCAUCUUCUUGCAGGGCAACCACGUGCUGCUAGGUGGACAGGCGUUCCACAUCCUUGGCUGGCACUCGUGUGCCAUUGUGCUCGCCUUCGUGUUUGCAGUCAUCUCGUUCAUCUUCACUCUUCCUCGCUCGUACAAGCUCUUUUCAAUUGCCGCCUUUGUGUCGUUCACCUCGAUCGUCGUUGUCGUCAUCUUUGCCAUGAUCGCCAGUGGGGUCACGGGGCCGCAGAACGCACCCGCAAAUGCUCCUCCAAUCAGGGUCGUCGCUUUUGGUCCCGCUCCGGGUGUCGAGGUCGACUUCCUUGGUGGUUUCCUCUACGUGCUCAAUCUCUUUGUCAGCUUUGGUGCCAUCCCAAGUUACCUGCCGAUCAUCUCGGAGAUGCGCAAGCCCACUGACUUCCGCAAAAGUCUUAGAUUGCUGGUAGGCGUGCAGCUGGUGCUGUAUUUGCUCGUUGGAGGUGUUAUCUAUCACAAUCUCGGCCAAUACACUACGUCGCCAAGCCUUAACAGUCUGACGACCACGCUCAGCAAGAUCGCUUACGGCCUUGCACUUCCAACUAUCCUCAUCGCCGGCUGCGAGAGCGGCCAGGUGGCAAACAAGCACCUCUACGUCAUCAUCUUCCGCUCUCGACCCCAACACAUUCACAAUUCCACCACCCUCGGCUGGAUCGUUUGGACACUGAUCAACGCCCUUACGUGGGUGCUAGGCUUCAUCCUUGCUCUGCUGGUCCCCUUUUUCGGAUCGUUCCUCGGCUUGGAGGCCGCUCUCUUCUGGUCGAUGUUCACAGGACUCAGUGCGGUCAUGUGGCUCUACCUCAACCAGGGUCGAUGGCUUGAAUCUUGGCGCAAGGUGGUUGGUUUGGUGGUCGCAGUCAUCAUUAUUGCCAUUUCCCUUGUCUUGUGCGUAGUAGGUAUUUGGUCAAGCGCCGUCUCGAUCCGCGACUCGUACAGCUCAGGCAGCGUUGGUAGGCCUUUCUCAUGUGUAACUCCGUCUUAG